GUAGUACGAACAUUAAACUAUCUUCACCAAAACACCCCCGUAAUUUGGAGGUAUUGUUAAUGCUUUUGGCAUUAUGGGAUCUCAAGAAAGAUCGAAGAAAAAUUUCCACUUAUGGAAGAAAGCCAUACUUCAUUUCUUGAUAUGUUUUGUGAUGGGAUUCUUCACCGGUUUCGCUCCAAUCAGUAAGCCCACGGGUUUUUCAAGCCACAUUACAGUAUCUCCAUCGACUAGCUAUUCACCACAGCUCAUCGAACUAGAUGUAACUGGACCAACAGCAGGGCACAAUCACAGUACAGAAACUGCCGUAAUCGAAGAAGAAGAAGAACAAGAAGAAGAAGAGAAAAGGGAUCAAAGAGAGGAUUCAAAUCAAACAAAGCUACUAAUUUUGAUCACACCAAUAAGUACAAGAAACAAGAUUAGGAACGCGCUUGUUACGAGACUGGCAAACACGUUGAAAUUGGUGGCGAAGCCAUUGCUGUGGAUUGUUGUGGAACAGCAGUUCGAUGAUGAUUUCGAGGUUUCUGAGAUAUUAAGGAAAACAGGUAUCAUGUACAGGCAUGUUGUCUCCAAGGGGAACUUCACCGAUGUAGAUUCCGAAACGGACCAUCAUAGAAAUCUCGCGCUUAUUCAUAUCGAGCAGCAUAGGCUGAGUGGAAUCGUACACUUCGUGGGGCUUUCAAACGUUUACGAUCUCAGUUUCUUCGAUGAAAUUAGAACAAUUGAGACGUUUGGAACGUGGCCAGUAGCGAAAGUAUAUGCAAACAAGGAGGAGGUGAGAAUUGAGGGGCCGGUUUGUGAUUCUUCAGAAGUUGUGGGGUGGCAUUUAAAGAGAAUGAGAAAUAUGACUGAGACAAGACCACCCCUUAUUCAUAUCUCAAGCUUUGCUUUCAAUAGCUCAAUUCUUUGGGAUCCUGAGAGGUGGGGCCGCACUUCUUCUCUUCAAGAUGCCUCACAGAAUUCAGUGAAAUUUGUAAGAGAUGAAGUUGUUGAAGAGGAAACGAGUCUCAAGGGGAUUCCGGCACAAGGUUGCUCGAAAGUUCUACUAUGGGUUUCGGAGGGAUAGUAGAAUAAAUUCAUGGCAUUUUCAAAAUACUAUGUAGUAUGUAUGUACUAUAGUCAAGAUCCCAAAUUUUGUUCUAUUAUUAUUUGUAAAUGUAGAAAUUAUAUAGCUCCUGUUAAUUUUUUUUUGAAUUUUAUUAUUCUUUUCUAUUA